AUGUCUCAACAAGCCGGCACAGAGGACGCGGCAGCGCCGCAGUCCGCGACGAACCCGACCUCACAGAAUGAGCUCUAUCCUAUGGUGAACUGGAAGUAUGACAUGUUUCUCUACACCGUCGGUAACAUUGUCGAUAUGUUCUUCCGAGAGGUUGUGCCUCGAGGUGCUUGGCGCGUCCCUCAGACAGGUCCCGUCUUGUUCGUCGCUGCGCCGCAUGCCAACCAGUUCGUCGAUGCUAUUAUUCUUCAGCGAACACUGCGAAACGAGGCUAAACGACGAGCGUCUCUUCUUAUCGCCCAAAAGUCGGUUCACGGAUUUAUCGGUUGGGGUUCACGACAAGUCGGCUCAGUUCCCGUCGGUCGCGCACAAGAUGCUGCCAAGCCAGCAACCGGAACCAUCUACCUCCCCGAUCCCAUCAACGACCCUACUUUAAUUCGAGGUGUUGGCACCAAAUUUGGACAGGGUGAAGGCGAAGUCCAGGGCAUGCUUUUCUUGCCGUCCGUCAAGGGCCAGAGUGGCGCUAGUGUCGACAUCUCCGAGAUCAUUAGUCCUGAGGAGAUCCGUGUCAAGCGACAAUUUAAGGGCAAGCUCGCCUUGUCACAGCUGACAGGCCGUGACGAUAUUGAUAAUAAUGGAAACUUCACCAACAAGGAGGUGAAUGGACCCGCCCCAGGCUUCCAAGGCACCAAGUUCAAGAUGGCACCUCAUAUCGACCAGACCAAGGUCUAUGAUGCUGUCUUCUCUCGCCUAUGCAACGGUGGUUGCGUUGGUAUUUUCCCUGAGGGUGGUAGUCACGAUCGAACCGAGCUCCUACCUCUCAAGGCUGGUGUCGCAAUCAUGGCUCUGGGAACUUUGGCUCAGGACCCCGAUUGCGGUCUCAAAAUUGUUCCUGUUGGCAUGAACUACUUCCACGCUCACAAGUUCCGCUCACGCGCUGUUGUUGAGUUUGGCGCCCCCUUUGAGAUCCCCCGCCAUCUCGUCGAGCUUUACUGCAACAAGCAGCGUCGUGAAGCCAUUGGUCAAGUCCUGGAUACAGUCUACCAGGCUCUCAACUCAGUCACCGUUUCCGCCCCCGAUUACGACACUCUCAUGGUGAUCCAGGCCGCUCGCCGACUUUAUAACCCGACCGGCAAGAAGCUCCCGCUCCCAGUAGUGAUUGAGCUGAAUCGAAGAUUGUGCAUGGGUUAUGAGAGAUACAAGAAUGACGAGCGCAUCACAUCCUUAACCGCCGCGGUUAAGGAGUACAACUCGCAACUUCGAUACCUGAACUUGAAGGACCACCAAGUACAGUACGCCAAGAUGAAUAUGGUCAAGGUCAUCUUCCUCUUCAUCUACCGAUCGAUCAAGCUUCUCCUCCUCUUCAUCUGCACCUUGCCAGGUUUGAUCCUCUUCGCACCUGUCUUUGUCGCGACCAGAAUUAUCAGUCGGCAAAAGGCCAAGACGGCUCUGGCUGGCUCAACUGUCAAAAUCCGUGGCCGCGAUGUUAUGGCCACGUGGAAGAUUCUUGUAGCAAUUGGUCUUGCGCCCACAUUAUACCACAUCUACUCAGCAAUCGUCACUUUCAAGGUUUGGCAGGAUCGUCUGUGGGGUCGUGUCCCAGAGGGCGUGCCUUUGUGGGUGAUCUAUUUCGCCAUGUGGCCAUUUAUGGUUGGUAUCACAUUUGCGUCUUUGCGCUUUGGAGAGGUUGGCGUCGAUAUUUUCAAGUCUUUGCGGCCACUUCUGCUCUGCUUGACACCGACUUCAAACUACAAUAUCCACAGGUUUCGAAUAAGGCGAGCCGAGCUGAGCGCUCAAGUGACGGAUGUGAUCAACACUCUUGGACCUGAGAUGUUUGACGACUUUGAGAAAGCCCGACUUGUACCCGACCUGUACAAGGUCGAGGGCGGCGCUGCGACAUCUCCCAAGUCGCAUCGACGACGAGACAGCGACCAAUCGAGUACUGGCCUCGAGCCCGAGACACCACCAGCUUUAUCGCGACGAAGCACAACACAGUCCAGCCGAGCCCUUCCGCGCAACGACUCGUUCAGCAACAUUGGUCAUGUGGGCAUCUUCUCUACACGACCACCAUCUAGAGCGCGUAGCAGGUCGCGAUCGAGCAGCAGCGGGGGUGGAUUUGGAUCUGGCGGGUUCCCUCUUAGUGGAUUUACUACCCUUGACUCGAGUGGUGGGUUUGAUGAAGCGACUCGCAAGAUUCGAGAGGCGAUGAAGCACCGCCGACACAAGACAGACCAGGAGAGGACAGAUGGAGACGAAGAGGAUGAUGACAGUGAAGAGGAGGGAUACGAUGAGGCUAGGAAGAAGAACGCGUGA